AUGUCCGCGACAAGGUGGCGGUGUACACCACCGUUAUCAAUCGGUCAAAAUUUUCUAAUCAUACUCGCGACAACAUUUUGUUUGUCAAACGUGUUAGCUAACAACGAACGUGUCUUAGCGAAAGAUUUUACAAACGCUUGGAAGGAUUUGUCGAACGAUUGUUCGACGGAAGAAUCGACAAAUCUUUCGGUAUCCUGUCAAGGUGUCAGAAUCGUCAGAAAGGUUGUUCAACAAUUUAUCGAAAAUUCAAGCAAGGAACCGGACAUUGAAAUAUUCGAUGGAAUUAAUUUGGUCGAAGUCAACGAUCCUAUUAAUAUCAAUUCGAGAAAAGGAAGAUUUCUCAAAGGAUUCGGUAGCAUGACGCCGUUGCUGCAAUUUCUCGAGGCCAGAGAAUUGAGGGUUAAAUUGCCGAAAUUAUUGCCGCCCAAUUUCGAGACAGUAUUCAAAAAUACAUUGACCGCGUCUACGAACGGCGAGGGAAGAGCACGUGGCGGAGGAGGAUUCGGAGGAGGAGGAGGAGGAGGUGGCGGCGGGGGCGGUGGUAAAAAAGGCGGAGGUGGAAUGAUGAUAAUGGCUUUAAUGAUGGGUAAAAUGAUGGCAACCAUGGGAUUCGGUGCUCUCGGUUUGUUAACGUUGAAGGCAUUAAUGGUCUCCGGUCUUGCUCUGAUGCUGUCAAUAAUUAUUGCCGUUAAGAAAUUAGCCAGUGGCGGUGACGAAGGAGGUAGCGGACAUCACGUUGUUUACGCUCAAGAAGUCGGUCAUCAUCAUCGCAAGAAACGCAGUUUGCCGGAUGAACAUGAAAAUAAUGAAAUUCUUGACUUACCGUACAGAGGUUACUCAGAGCUUUACGGGGAUGUGAAGGUGUCUUGA